UUUUUUACAAUACAAUUUUCCGCGGAUUUUCAAGCCGUUGAUGUGAAAUCCUUCGCCUACGGUAACAAACAACAUUUUGCCAUUUUGAGGUGUUGAUAAGGUUUUAAUAGAGGAAGAUGAGCUUGAAGGAAUUUGUGCUUCCUCUUCAUUUGAAGGACCUUCAGCAUGGCACAGGGAUUAAUCAGUACAUUGUGGAAGAGGUGUAUCCCGUUAGACAGAUUGCAGAUAAGAUUGUGGGUUGUAAAUCAUCCCUUCAUCACGAUGGAUCGUUCAUGAUUCUUGAUCAUUUUGAUAGCUUCUACAGUCUUCUCAGACAAUUCUCAAGUGUGGAUCAAGACGCCAAGGAGGAAGCAUGGGAAAUCAUCUUGACAGCAUGUUCGAGGAAUGUAGACGCUCUCACCAAGUUCAUUGACAGUCCGAGCAGUGAUCCUAAGUUCAGACAUCUCCUUCUCAAUGCAACCAAGAUGACUACAUUCAUCCUAUGCCAGCUGACUGAAGCCUUUGAGACGGAAGCCUGUAAACCCUCGACAGACACCGCUACCAUGAAGGGAAAGGGACGUAAGAAGACGGUGAAAGUGGGUGCGUGGGACUGGGAUAGUGAGAAGGAGAAAUCUCUUCAAUGCAUCAUACAGACUCUCCAACUUGAUAUAUGUAGACUGUGGGAUCCUCCAGUUGUAGAAGGAGAAUUUGUCAAUCUGGUUAGUGGUACUUGCUACAAGCUGUUAGAAAACCCGUUGAUCACAAGGAAUACUAGCACCAGAGAUGUCAUCACACAGAUCUUAGGUCUUCUCUUCAAAAGAUACAACCAUGUACUAGGUGGGACUUUGAAGAUCCUCCAACUGGUGCAGCACUUUGAGCACCUUCCUGGACCUCUAGCUCAAUCAGUACAGACCAUUGCUACUCAGUAUGGCGUUAAGAGCGUUGUCAGCGAGAUCAUGAGGGAGAUAGGAAGCUUAGACUCACAGGACCUGACGAGGGAUAACAGCGGUACCCGUUCUUACGCUAGCUUCCUGGUUGAAAUGGCUGAAAGGGUUCCCGAUGCUAUGUUGCCUUGUAUCAGUCUUAUUCUAUCUCAUCUAGAUGGAGAGUCCUACACCAUGCGUAAUGGUGUACUGGGAGUGAUUGGAGAGAUCGUCAUCAAAGUAUUGAGCAAGGAACAGCUUGACAGCAAGGCCAAGACGGCAAGGGAUCAACUACUUGACAAACUUGAGGACCACAUCCAUGAUGUGAAUGCAUUCAGCCGCAGUCGAGCCCUGCAGGUCUGGCUUCAUCUGUGCCGUGAACGUGCUAUCCCUCUCUCUCGCCAGCACUCGGUCAUGGAGCUGACCGUAGGUCGUCUCAGAGACAAGUCUAGUAUCGUCCGUAAGGGAGCCGUCCAGCUGGUGUCUGCAUUCCUCACCAGCAAUCCAUUCGCAGCAAAGCUUUCUGCAGAAGAGUUACAGGCCAACCUGGAUAAAGAAGAAGAGAAACUGAAAGCAAUGAUGCCUGAUGAACCACAAACAGCCACCAAUGAUGUGAGUCAUGACCCUGUUAAGAAUUGGACGGCAAUGGAGCCUGAGAUCAAGACUACCAUUGCAAAGAUCUUGUCAUCUGAGGAUGAAGAGAGUUUACUACAGAUACCAGAUGACGCAUCUCCAAUGGAUACCAUUGAUGAGAUCAUUGAACUCCUUGACAAAUCCCAGCACACCAGGGCCAUCAGACUACUGCAGUCUGCCCAGAGCAUCUGGCCAGAUCAACAAGCUUUCAUCCCUCUACAGGAUACUACUGGUUCUGAUGAUGAGGAUGAAGAGCUUUCUUCUGAAGGCAAAGAUCUUCUUCAGAUGCUCAAAUCUAUCUACCUUGGAUCAACUCCAGCAAGUCCUGUUCCCGACAGUUAUGACCCUGCCGAUCUGGUCAAGGUGGGCGAGGAUGGAGAACCAGAGGUCAAGAUGACCACUGUCCAGGAUGAUGACCCAGUGGUCAAUGAACUCAGCAAGCAACAGAUCCUUGUCCAGUAUCUGUCUGAUUGCGUCAAGUUCGCCGGCAUGGUGAAGAUGUGCGUCCCAACUGUCUGCGAACUCUUAUCGUCCAAGCAGACCACAGAUAUCCUUGAAGCAGUGACCUUCUUUGUGACUGCCCAUGAGUUUGGUGUGUCUAAUGCCGCCGAUGGUGUGCGUCGCAUGAUGGGACUCAUCUGGUCCAAGGAACAGUCGGUCAAGGAUGCCGUAGUGACGGCCUACAAGAGGCUCUACCUUAGCCCAAGUGGAAAGACAGUCAGAGCAAGGAGUCUGGCUGUCGUCCGGAACCUGCUCCAGCUGACAUGUGGGGCAAGCCUCGGCGAGCUGACCUCGUUGGAGGAGAUGGUAUCGGAGUUUACCAAGAAUGGGGAAUUCCCCUCCCAAACCACACAGAUCCUAUGGGAGUUCUUUACCAUGAAGCAUCCAGAGACCACGCCCACUGAGAGCAGGGCGGCACUCCAAUUGCUGGGGAUGGCAGCAUGUGCUGAUCCUGGUAUCAUCCAUAGCAACGUUGAGGUGCUGGUGUCUGAGGGUUUGGGGGAACGAGGGAUGAAAGACUUCAUGCUCGCCAAAGACACCUGUCUUGCUCUGCUCAAACUGGUCGGUAAUGAAAAGCCCAAAGUUUUGAGCGGUAAAGAACAGUUCAGGUUCGAUAGCACGCAUGAGAUCUUCAGCAAACUGGGUGAUAUUCUUGUACAAGGUAUGACCGAGCAAGAGAAUAAGUACUGGGUGCCCCUAGCCGAGACGGCCGUUAAGACCAUCUACCGCCUGGCUGAACACCCUGACGUCCUGUGCGGUGAGAUCCUCAAACGCCUGGCUGCUGUGUUACUCGCUAGCAGAGAACAGUCUCAAGAAACAGCGUCCGAGGAGAUGACAGAGGAAGAAAGAAAGGUCCCUACAUCAGGUUGCCCUGUUGGUUUAUUAUCUCGUCUGAUGGCCAUCUCUGGUCAGAUCGCCCUUCAGCAGUUGAUCCACCUGGAUGUGAUGGUGCAAUGUGAGCUCAAACGAAGACACAACAUUCAAGAGAAGAAGAAGGAAGACAAAGAAAAGAAAGCAAAGAGUGAAGGUGAUAACGCGAAUAUUGAAGAUGAGAUGGGUUUGGCUGGAGCAACUGCUGAAGAUGCUGAAGGAGAGUUUAUCAAAAGGAUCUGUGAUUCUAAUAUUGUGACAGGGCCCAAUCUUCUUGGAGCUAUCAAGCCCCUGGUGGUCCUGGUCUGUAGCAACCCUGUCAAGUAUUCCAGCCCGGAGCUCAGGGCGACCGCGAGCCUUGCCCUGGCUAAGUUCAUGCUGGUCAGUGCAGAGUUCUGCGAGGCACAGCUCCAGCUGCUCUUCACUGUCCUAGAAAAGGCGCCAGAAGCUAUUAUCCGAGCUAAUACUAUCAUCGCCAUCGGAGAUCUUACAUUCCGUUUCCCCAAUCUCAUUGAGCCGUGGACAGCCCACAUGUAUGCUAGGCUUCGUGACCCCUCUGCCCACGUCCGUAAGAACACCCUCAUGGUACUGACCCAUCUGAUUCUCAACGACAUGGUCAAGGUCAAAGGUCAAAUCAGCGAGAUGGCGUCUUGCAUCAUCGAUUGCGAGGAUCGCAUCGCUAGUCUGGCCAAACUCUUCUUCUUUGAGCUGUCGAAGAAGGGUAAUGCUGUGUAUAACAUCCUUCCCGACGUAAUCAGUAGACUGUCCGAUCCAGACCUAGCUUUACCGGAAGAAGACUUCAAGACCAUUCUUAGGUACCUCCUGUCCUUCAUUCAGAAAGACAAACAAGCUGAAUCCUUGGUUGAGAAACUCUGUCAUCGUUUUAGAGCCACUAGAUCCGAAGCACAGGUUCGCGAGCUAGCUUUCUGCCUCUCCUUACUCAACUUCAACGAGAAGGGAUUCCGCAAGCUGCAGGAGAACGUUGCUUGCUAUGCUGAUAAACUUGCUGAUGCUGAGGUCUAUGGGUAUUUCACCACCAUCAUUUCAAAAGCCAAGAAGGCUGUCAAACAAGAAACAAAGGUCCAGGUCGAUGAUUAUGAACAGAAGAUAAACGAGUUUCAUCUGAAGGGAGCCGAUGAAAAUGCUACAGCCGAGAAAGCAUCCAAGGCAUCAUCGGCUGCUGCAGCACUCACCAAGAAGAAUGCCAAAACACCAGGCAAGAGAAGAGGCAAGAAGGGACAGACCCCUGCCAGGACCCUGAAGGAGAAAGAUCUGAACCGCGAUAGCAACGAGGAAGACGAUGACGACAUCGAAGACGAUGUCCGUACCAGGCGCAAGCCGGAUCCUCUCAAUACCUCUCUCCCUGACCCCGGUUCCGCCCCGAGGGUGAGCAGGAAGGGGCGUAGGAAAGUACCCCCUCCUAUACCCUUCUCAAGCGAUGAGGACAGUGACGAUGUCUUUGCUCCUCCUCCAAAACCCAAGAUGAAUCUUGAUAGCGAGGAUGGGGAUGAGGAGAAUAUCAAACCAUCCAAAUCAAGAUCGGUCAAGAAAUCUACCAAGCCUAAGGGUAAGACACCAGCCAGAUCUCGCAGACAACGAACCUCUCAACAGGUGGAAACCUAGAAGAAAGACGUGUAUAUUUACCAGUCUAUUUUCCUCAUUUUCCAUGUGUAUAUUAUCGAGCCAUUGAACUGCUAACAAUCCCCUUAGUUUCAGAAAUUUAGUGACUUUCAGAUAUCGUGUAUAGAAUCUAGUGGUAACCCGGACCAAAUACAGAAUAUUUUUCAUUGAAUUAAACGGAAUUUAUUUCCAUAUCUUUAAUAAACAACAUAUUUAAAGCAUGAAACAUAACAUGUCAUGAUGGAGUAUUCAAAGAAGUUUAUAAAACAGAAUAUAGUGGCAAUUUGCUGGGGAUCAUAUAAAAGUUUUUUAAAAGUUUUGAUAAAAGAAAUUUCAAGGAUAAUUGUGAUGGGUAUUUGGUGCAUUUUUAUAUAAAAAUAUCUCAGUUAAGUAAUGUCAUGAAUCUAGAAUUCACCCUCUUCUGAAAUUUUUUUCGGAUUCUUAAAAAAAACAUGUAAAUACUUGGAGAUUGGUCAAUGUCAUACAUGUAAAUUUAUUAGAAUUCUUUUAAUAUACUUUUAAAAUUUGAUGUGCUGUUUACAUAUCAUGUUUUUACAAUUGUCAAUUAGUCUGCUUGUUAUGUAUAAUAAAUGUGUGGAAUUACUUUCAAGGGACCUUGGGGCAUAAGCGUACACACUUUUUUUUCUGAUAAUGAUUCUUAUCACGCUUCAAACUUUUGCUUACUAAGGCUUUUACGGCAAGAAUCAUUAAUUUCCAUUAAGGUGGACUUUGGGAGGGCCCUAUUUUCGAAUCCCUGCCCCUGAAAAAAAAAACAGUUCCCCAUAUCAAAUUUGCAUUCUAAAUAAUGAUUUAUCUCAUCACCCUUGAGACAAAACAUUCACAGAUUUAAUAAUCAUAUUAAGUAUAAUUAUAGGAAUUCAUAUAGUUUCUUCUAUUUAAUAGUAGUCUACAGAGGUUCCAACUAGUACUGAUUUUCAGUAUUUAGUACUGAAAAAUGAGAAGAAUACUGAUGGUUUCAUGCAAACUACUGAUUUCUAAGUUUCAGUUUUAUGUGUAGCCCUAUGGCAUUUCUUCGGAAAUACUGAUUUCCUCACCGAAAUACUGAUUUUCUGCUUUUAAAAUACCGGUACUGAAAUGCUUUGAAUCUAUUCUGAGGUGCACUAUCUUUAUCAGCCGGGCUUUAGCUCAGGCUACCACUUCCAAUGCCAUUGCAUUUAAAUAUCUUAUCCUGCAGGGUACCUAUUCAACUUACAGUACAAUUAAUUUGAUAUGGAGUCAUGUUUCCCUUGAUUAGUUUAUAAGUACCAAGUAACUUUCACAUUUAACCUGAAGUGCUUUUAAAAUGUGAAUAAAGAUUGUUAAAAUGUUGAUAUUCCCCAGUACCAUUAAGACUAAUGUGAUUCAUAUGUAAAUCCGCCCAGUAGUCUACCUGUAACAGUAGAGAGGGUUUUUUUUAAAUUCAUUUUUAACUGUGAAACGUGUCCUAUAUUUAACAAGCUUGUCAUGAAUUUUUAUGAUUUAUAAUUUAAUAUUUUGAGAAGAAUUUUAUUAUUCAACGAAGCUGCAGAACAUAUGAUUCUAAGCUUUCUGUAAUGAUUAAAUGACCAUGCAGUGUCCUUUUAUUAUGAAUCUAAUAUUAAAUUAAUUUUAAAUAUAAUAAAUAUCUUUGUAAAUCUGGCA